GUAAACGACGUAGACAGAGAAGGAAGAAGUAAUCUAUGGACAAGGGGAAAGCAGCAAAACUCACCUCAUCUUUGGUUUGUCUGCCUCUGGAAGAGCAGUGCUGUGGGAGACACCUGUAGAUGCUUUUAUGCCUCCAAUAUCUCACUCCACCCCCUUCUUGAUUUUGUAAUUCCUGUGUCUACACAACUUUGACCUUGUUAAUAAGGUCAUAGCAUUUUCCAGUAACAGAGCCACAAACAACAUCCCUGUUAAGAGUUGAGCUCUUGCUUCACACUUGAGUUUCUCCUAGUAUUUCUUUACAAACCCCAAAGAAGCCUGGCCACGCUAUGACCCACGUAGCUGCCAAAGUGUUUCCCGAAAUCAGCCACUGUACAGGACGCAGGGGGUGGCGGGGGGGAGAAGCAUCAAUCUGUGUCUCUUUGUUCUGGAGAGUUUUCAGUGCUGAAAACAAAGCUGCCCUUUGCGUUAUUUUAAACCUAUUAUAGAUGCUUCUACAACCUGGCUGAGACAGGGCUCUCUAAAGAAAUCAUUUCCUUUUCACAAUCAUUUUCCCCACCCAAUGUUGACAUCUCCUUAUUGCUUAAAAUUUUUACAACGUGAAAUCAGUAAAAUGUAUUUAUUGCAUCUUCUCUGAUAGCUCUUUGUAAGAAAUCACACAAAAUGGUUAAAGCUAUCGUGUAGGCUGAUGCAAACCAUACUCCAUGGCAGUGGUUCUCAUUGUAUUAUAAUCCAGUAAUUAUUUUUUUAAUAUUUAUUUAUUUAAGGGGUGUGGGGCAGAGGCAGAGGGAGAGAAAGUCUCAAGUAAACUCUUCACUGUUUGCAGAGCCUAUCAUGGCGCUCAAUCUCACAACCCUGAGAUCGUGACCUGAACCAAAACCAAGAGUUGAACACUCAACCAGCUGCACCACCCAGGUGCCCCAAAUAUAUUCCGGUAAUUAAUCCAAAUAGCAGGUGGGAAAAAUCAUUACACUUAAGUCAAAUAUCUCCACUUCUGUAUCUCAAGUACUAUUCAACUGAUAUUUAAUAGCAACUCAAUAAAAUCCUGCUUUGUUCAUUAAACAAAAGGUCAGCGGUUCUUAAGUUAGAAUGUACAAAAGAAUCACUUUGGGAUAUUCAUGGUGGAACUGAUGUCCAUCAAUAGACUACAGACAAGCCAAAAGCAGAAUCAGACCUAUAAAUACUGAGAACAAACUUAUGGCUGGGGAGGGAGAAGAUGGGCAAAAUGAGUGAGGGGGAGAAUGAGAUACAACUUCCAGUAUGGAAAGAAUAAGUCAUGGGAAUAUAAGGUACAGCAUAAAAAAUAUAGUCAAUGAUAAUGUACUAAUGUUAUAUGGUAACAUGGUAGCUGCUUGUGGUGAGCACUGCAUAUUGUAUAGAGAUGUUGAAUCACUAUGUUGUCCACCUGAAAUUAACAUUAUGUGUCAACAACACUCAAAAAAAACUUUUAAUAGGGGAAUGGCUAAAUAAUGUGAUAUCUUUGUAUGAUGGAAUACAGAUCUUCCUCAGCUUGUAAUGGGGCUGCAUCCUAAUAAAUGAGCUUAAGUUGAAAAUAUUGUAAGUCAAAAAUUCAUUUAAUACACCUAACUUACCAAACAUCAUAGUUUACCCUGGCCUACCUUAAAUGUGCUCAGAACAAUUACAUCAGCCUAUAGUUGGGCAAAAUUAUCUCACACGAAGUCUAUUUUAUAAUGUGCUGAAUAUCUCAUGUAAUUUAUUGAAUACUAUACUGAAAAUAAAAAACAAAAUGCUUAUGUGGGUAAAGAAUGAUUAAGUGUAUUGAUUGUUUACCGUCAUGAUCACGUAGCUGCCUGGGAGCUGUGGCUUGCUGCAGCUGCCAUCAUCACAAGAGAAAAUCCUGCAUAAUCACUAGUCUGGGAAAAAAACAAAAUUCAAAGUAUAGUUUCUACUGAAUGCAUAUUGCUUCCCACCAUUAUAAAGUCAAAAAAGUCAUAAGUCAGCGGUGAGGAGAUGGGUGAAAUAGGUGAUGGGAUUGAGAGGUACAAACUUCCAGUUAUAAAAUUAAUAAGUCAUGAGGAUGUAAUGUACAGCAUAGAGAAUAUGCUCAAUAAUACUGGAAUAACUUUGUAUGGUGACAGAUGGUAACUACAAUUAUGAUGAGCAUUUCAUACUGCAUAUAAAUGUGGACUCAUGUUAUAUACCUGAAACUAAUAUAAUGUAUGUCAACUAUACUUUAAAAAGGGAGGGGGGGGAUUCUUAAGUCAAAGUAUCAUUAGUCCAGGACCAUCUGUAUUAUACAGCUGAGAAUGAGGAAGGAAGGUACUUGUUUCUGUGGAAAUUGCCAGAAAUGUUGAUGCCCUCACAGCACACAACUACAACCCUCCUGCCCAGAAGUACCUGUUUGGCCACAGGGGCCACCAGGUGGCCAGGAAAUGCCUCAGCCACUGAGCACCAGGACCUGCCCCUUCCUCCGCAAGCAGAUGAACACCAACCCAUCCUGUGGCCCCUACCACUCCCAAGCACCCAGCUGCAUCUUUUGGGGAACAGUGCGAGGUGUGCUGCCCCACAAGACCAAGCGAGGCCUGGCUGCCCUGGACUGCCUCAAGGUGUUUGGUGGGAUCCCACCACCCUAUGACAAGAAAAAGUGGACUAUGGUUCCUGCUGCCCCCAAGGUGGUACACCUGAAGCCUACAUGAAAGUUUGCUUACCUGGGGUGCCUGGCUCACAAGGUCGGCUGGAAGUACCAGGCAGUAACAGCCACCCUGGAGGAGAAGAGGACAGAGAAGGCCAAGAUCCGUUACUGGAAGAAGAAGCAGUUCAUGAGGCUACGGAAAUGGGUCAAAAAGAAGGUGGAGAAGAAAAUCAACAAAUACAUGGAGGUCCUCAAGACCCAUGGACUCCUAAAAAAAAAAAAAAAAAAAAAAAAAAAAGGACCCACGGACUCCUGAUCUGAGCCCAAUAAAAUGGACUGUUUAUUCCUCAUGCUUGGCCUGGCCUGCCCUUCCUCCAUCGCCGCCUAGGAUAUGGAGGACUCCCAGGGACUGCUGUCCCCAUGCCCCAGGCAGCCUGGGGCUUAUAACGCUGGGAACACAGGGCCUUAGUCACUACUGUUAAAAAAGCUCUUCUAAAAAGUUAAAAAAAAAAAAAAAAAAAAAAAAAAAACAACCCUCUAAGAGUUCAUUCCUGAGAGUUCUAGUGGCAUUUCACAGUUUGCAAGAGAGAUCUGGAAAAUGGAGGGGAGCCCUGCAUUGUGAAUGGGGUGUAUUUAAACUUUGCCACCCACAGUCAGGCGCUAUACUCUGCAGCUGUUAUGGUGUUAGAUUAUGGGCGCCAAGCCUGGUGUACAGAGGUAGUUCCAGAUGCAUUGUCCGGGAAGUAACAGCCAAGGAGUCACAGGAACUGCCUUUGUGCUUUCCCUGUACUUUGUAAUCCAAAACUAAUAAAUUAUUUUUAAAGAAAAAAAAAAACAGACGGGCAGCCCAGGUGGCUCAGCGGUUUAGCGCCACCUUCAGCCCAGGGUGUGAUCCUGGAGACCCGGGAUCUAGUCCCAC